AUGUAUCUACCGUAUGGAUCAUCACUGUCCACAUAUUGGUCAAUGCGUUGGAGCACACAAUCAAAGCCAUUUCUUCUUGUUUCUCUUUUAUCUUCUCAUUGGAACUGGACUGUUUUUUUUGUUGGCCCCAACUUUUUGGCUUCAAUGGAUCGAAGAGAAGAUACUCUUAUAAAGUUCUGUUGUUUCUUGUUCGUGAUGCUUCAUUGGAUAAUGUGGGGUUUUGUUGGUGUCUACACUUGGAUUAUCUCAUGUGGAAUGACAAUGGCAAUGAGAAUGUUCCAAAAGUCGGAUGUAGAAUCUCGCAAACCAUUCAACUGGAUCACAGUUAAGAAUCGCUGGAGGAAGUAUAUGAACUGUCAAGAACAACCGCUUUGGAAAAUUUUCUUCAUCCCAAAAUCUCGUCGACUCGUUUCCUAUCAAGACUACAAAGAGAUGAUUAUGUGA